UGGUCCGUUCUCUUCCUUCUUCCCGGCUCUCCUGGGCGAGUGGAGCUGAGUGGCAUCGGUGGCUUUGCCCUGAGGGGCACCACGGCUUCAGAGGCUCGUCCUCCAGCGAGGCCCUAUGUCGGGUGCCGUGACGGCUGUCUGAGUGCGGGGCCUCGGCCGGGCGCUGGGCGGCGGCGGCGGGGCCGGCCGGUCCGCUCAUGGUGCCACCACGACGCCAUCGCGGGGCAGGAAGGCCAGGUGGGCUGAGUUCUUCACCUCCUUUUAGACUGAGAUCUGCCCGAUUUUUAGGCAUUGCUUUUGAAGAUCUCAAAGAGGCCCUUAAAGCAAGACUGCAAAUGGUGUGUGUAUUUAUCAUGAACCGAAUGAAUUCCCAGAACAGUGGUUUCACUCAACGCAGGCGGAUGGCUCUUGGGAUUGUUAUUCUCCUGCUGGUUGAUGUGAUAUGGGUUGCUUCCUCAGAGCUUACUUCGUAUGUUUUCACGCAAUACAACAAACCAUUUUUCAGCACCUUUGCAAAAACAUCUAUGUUUGUUCUGUACCUUUUGGGCUUUAUUAUUUGGAAGCCAUGGAGGCAACAGUGUACAAGAAGAUUUCGAGGAAAACAUGCUGCUUUUUUUGCAGAUGCUGAAAGUUACUUUGCUGCUUGCACAACAGAUACAACUAUGACUAGUUCUUUGAGUGAACCACUGUAUGUUCCUGUGAAAUUUCAUGACCUUCCAAGUGAAAAACCUGAGAACACAAAUAUUGAUACUGAAAAAACUCUCAAAAAGUCUCGAGUAAGGUUUAGUAAUAUCAUGGAGAUUCGGCAGCUUCCAUCAAGCCACGCGUUAGAAGCAAAGUUGUCUCGAAUGGCCCAUCCUACUGUGAAAGACCAAGAAUCCAUAUUGAAAACUGUGGGGAAGCUGACUGCAACUCAAGUAGCAAAAAUUAGCUUUUUUUUUUGCUUUGUGUGGUUUUUGGCAAAUUUGUCAUAUCAAGAAGCACUUUCAGACACACAGGUUGCUAUUGUGAAUAUUUUGUCUUCAACUUCUGGACUUUUUACCUUAAUCCUGGCUGCAGUGUUUCCAAGUAACAGCGGAGAUAGAUUUACGCUUUCUAAACUACUAGCUGUAAUUUUAAGCAUUGGAGGUGUUGUGUUGGUAAACCUGUCAGGGUCUGAAAAGUCUGCUGGAAGAGAUAUGAUAGGUUCCAUUUGGUCUCUUGCUGGAGCCAUGCUCUAUGCUGUGUACAUUGUUAUGAUUAAAAGGAAAGUAGACAGAGAAGAUAAGUUGGAUAUUCCAAUGUUCUUUGGUUUUGUAGGUCUUUUUAAUCUGCUACUCCUGUGGCCAGGUUUCUUUUUACUUCAUUAUACUGGAUUUGAGGACUUUGAGUUUCCUAAUAAAGUAGUGUUAAUGUGCAUUAUCAUUAAUGGCCUUAUUGGAACAGUUCUUUCAGAGUUCCUGUGGUUGUGGGGCUGCUUUCUUACCUCAUCAUUGAUAGGUACCCUUGCACUCAGCCUUACAAUACCUCUGUCCAUAAUAGCUGAUAUGUGUAUGCAGAAGGUGCAGUUUUCUUGGUUAUUUUUUGCAGGCGCUAUCCCUGUAUUUGUUUCAUUCUUUAUUGCAACUCUCUUGUGCCAUUAUAAUAAUUGGGAUCCUGUGAUGGUAGGAAUCAGAAGAAUUUUUGCCUUUAUAUGCAGAAAACAUCGAAUUCAGAGAGCUCCAGAAGACAGUGAACAGUGUGAGAGUCUCAUUCCUAUGCAUGGUGUUUCUCAGGAGGAUGGAGCUAGUUAGCCGUUUAGUUCAGCCUGGUGGUGGAAUAUUAUACAGCGAAGAGACAAUCUCUGGCAAGUUUUUGUAGAAAAAUGUUUCAGUGCCUAGUCUGAGAAAUAACAGUUUCAGUUCUUUGAAACUCUAAAAUAUAUUUUCCUCAUGUCUGUGUUCUUCAUUUUCAUAAUGAAGUAUUUUGCUAUGUAGCUGUGUACAUAUCACUACAAUUAUAGGAAGUUCCAGACCACAGUCCAUCUAAAGGACUACCCUGCCUUACAUAUCUCAAGGACUUCAGUUGAAGAAAUCACUUGACUAAUCAGAGAAUAAAAUCCUAAUGUUCUGAAGACUUUAUUUUCACAUAUUUGUUAAAUGCUGGACUAUAUUAUAAAAAUGUUUUCAAGAAAUCAUUUAAGUAUGUAGAUCAGUAUUUCUGACAGGUAAAAUGAUUAACAUAAACAGCCUCUAAUAGGCAUGGAUUAUAUUUUUGAGUUUUGUAGAAUAUUGCAAAUUAACUACACAGAAAAAAUGUUUAUGUAACAAGUGUGUAUGUUCAUGCAAAUUUGGUGGAACUUUAAAGAGAAUAAAUAUUUGAGAAAAGAUCUGGUACAGUUAUACUACAUAUACUGUAUUCUUUCAUAGCAUUAGGUGCCUUAUAUUUUAAAAAUGUGACAAACUAUGACAAAUUUUGAAGGGGGAAUAUUAUAAAAUGAAGCACUGUAUUUCUAAUUGCUAUAAAUUUAAUUGAUAAAACUCUGUUUAAUUUAGAGUUUUAUAGAAAUAUUCUAUCUUCAAUUAAGAAAUUUUCAUAAUGGAAUGAUUAAAUUGAAGUGAUAGAGGAUUAUUAAAAUAAAAUGUUUAUAUAUGUGUUUGUAUAUCAUAGAUGUAUCAGAUGUAUCAUAGAUUUCACAUUGUAUAAAUAUCCCAAAUUACUCCAGAACUGUAUGCUUCUUUAAAUAAUUUGUUUUCCUAAGUAAAUUUUUAGUGUAUAAAACAUCAAAAAAAGAAAGUUAAGGAGGCAUUCUACUUUUAAAAUUACAUUUGAAUUUUUCUUUUGCCAGUAUUAAGACAAGUAUAAAAUACUCCUAAUUGCAACUCUUAAAUAUGUGCUUACCCAUCGGCUCCUGGACUCUGUUCGCUAUCAGUGAGCAUAUGUGUUAGGGUCUGCAGGUUUUUGAUUACUCAUAAUCCAUUCCCUUUUCAAGUUUUGUGAGAAUAGUUUAGUUCUCUUUAAAAUUUUUUAAUGAAUCUAAUUUUUAAAAAUUCUCUUUGCAGAGACCCACUUCUGUUUGUCUUAUUUAUAGCCUUAAAGUUGUUUGUUGUUACCCUGAGUCUAAAAUGAAGUUUAGCCAUCUUUCUGAGUAGUCCUGAGAAUUUUUAUAUUAAUUUAAGAGAUUGUGAUAUUAAACUUAAAAACAGGCAGCUUUGUCUUCUCAUUUGGUGUCACCAAUAAUUCUUAACCUAAAAGUAAUGUUGAUUUUGUUACUCUUUGACCUAUUUGGCUUGACAGGAUAGAGGCAUGUAAGACAUACGGACUUUUAAGGAAUUUUUUUAAAAAUAGGAACUUACUGAAAAAACAUUUCAGUACUCAGAGACUAAUUCUGGUUGAAGUUUAUUUGUUCUUUGUUUUUGCCAUUUAACAGGUCACAGAGAUCUUUUUAUAGGGCAAAAUAGUUAAGGCAAAGGAGCUAAAACUAAAAUUUUAAAAUAAUUCUUCAAAUAUGGUAAGAGGUGUAACUUAGGUUUUUAUUUUUUUGUUCACGUGCACUAUUCUCACAUCACACAGAUCAUGUGUCGUUACUUAGGAUUCUAGAACUAGUUAGGAAGUAUUUGUUAAUAUGCUGGACAGAUCUCCAGAGGGACUUCUCUGCUAGGCUGCUGCUUUUUAAUCCAAGAACUGCUUCAGAAGGAAGUGCCAUUAAAUUGGUUGAGAGUGUGAA